AUGGCGCAAAGUAUCGCAUCAAAUAAUGAACUUGACACCGACGAGAACAAUAUGAAUCUAGAGCAAGUUAGUCUCAUUUGGCUCGAUGACAAUAUAAAAAAUGCAGUCGUUCAAGAAAGAUUACGCGCUAUUAUCAAUCACCUCAUUAACUUCAAUGAUAUAAAAGACUGUCAGGAAUAUAUUGAACAGCAAUCGAAAGAUCACCGACUAGUCAUUGUUGUCAACGACUAUCAAGGGAAGAUCAUCAUACCAGCCAUUCAUUUACUUCGACAAAUUUCGUCGAUCUAUAUUUACUGCACACACAAACAAGGAAAUCGACGGUGGACUUCGAAAUAUCCUAAGAUUAAAGCAGUUAUUAUUGAACCUAAUGAGCUCAUAUCUCGAAUACAGGAUGAUUAUCGAAUUCAGCAACAAAUCGAUGAACCAUUAUCAAUCAAUAUGUUCACUACAAGUCCUGGUUCGAACAAAGCAACAACAGGAGUGAAUGGUCAAUUUGUUUUCUUCCAAGUUCUUAUUGAUUGUCUAUUACGAAUGAAACCUAGUGAAGCUGAUAAAAACGAAUUGAUCUCGUAUUAUAUCAACGAGUAUUUAGGUAACAAAGAAGAACUGAACAAUCUUCGUGAAUUUCGACAAUCUUAUUCGUCGGGAAAAGCCCUGUGGUGGUACACACGUGAAACAUUCUUCUACAAGACUCUCAAUGCUGCAUUGCGUACUCAAAAUAUUCAUAUGAUCUAUCUCUUUCGUUCGUAUAUUGGCGAUAUUUAUCAUCAACUUCAGGAAUAUCAGACAACACGCGUGUUGAAUGUGUAUCGAACCCUGUGGUGGUACACACGUGAAACAUUCUUCUACAAGACUCUCAAUGCUGCAUUGCGUACUCAAAAUAUUCAUAUGAUCUAUCUCUUUCGUUCGUAUAUUGGCGAUAUUUAUCAUCAACUUCAGGAAUAUCAGACAACACGCGUGUUGAAUGUGUAUCGAAGUCAAUGUAUGUCCGACGAAGAAUUGGAAAUUCUUAAACGAUUGUCAGGAGAGUUUAUUUCAAUCAAUUCCUUCUUUUCGACGAGUACAAAUCGAUCAACAGCUCUGUCGUUUCUGAGCAGUUCGUCAUCAGCAACUAUGAAACGAGUUUUAUUCGAAAUUAUUGCUGACCCACAGAUGGUUACUACGAAGCCAUUUGCAGAGAUCAGCGCGCACAGUUCUUUUCCCACGGAAGAUGAAGUAUUAUUUAUGUUUGGUUCGAUCUUUCAUUUGACUAGUGUUGAUCUUGACGAAGACAAUGUAUGGAUUAUUCGAAUGGAUCUAUGUAGCGAUGAUGCUAAUGCGCUGAAACAAGUUCUGCUCAAUAGGAAAAGUCAAAAUGGAGUAGGAGUAACAAAUCUUCGAAUAUUCGGAAAGAUAUUGGCGAGAAUGGGUAAAUUUGAUUUAGCAGAAAAGUAUUUUGUACGUUUCAUUCAUGACUUUCCACCAAAUCACCCGUUUCUUGCUAUUCUUUACGAUGAACUAGCUGAAGUUACCGCACAGAGUCAACAAUAUGACAAAAGUAUGGAAUGGGAGGAAAAGGCGCUCAUGAUCAAAGAACAAGCUCAAUCAAAUAAAAAUAGUAAAGCAAAUACAACAAAUACAAUCCCAAAUAUUCCUGCGAAGACAAAGUGGGUACAAGAAGGCAUCACAGUAGCAGGUGGUCACGGAAACGGUAGUGAACUCAAUCAACUCAAUGGUCCAAUCGGUCUUUUCAUCGAUAAAGAUCGAACUAUCAUAAUUGCUGACUGUUUGAAUGAUCGUAUCGUAGAAUGGACAGAUGGUGCAACGAGAGGUCGAUUAAUUGCGGGUGGGCGUGGACCAGGACGUCGAUCUGAUCAGUUAAAUGGACCAACAGAUGUGAUCGUUCAUAAUGACAAUGUCAUUGUUAGUGAUUCGAAAAAUGAACAAAUCGUUCGAUGGUCUCGUCAAAAUAGUAAAAGCGGAGAGACGAUACUAUCGGAAUUAGCAUGUCANAAUGAUCGUAUCGUAGAAUGGACAGAUGGUGCAACGAGAGGUCGAUUAAUUGCGGGUGGGCGUGGACCAGGACGUCGAUCUGAUCAGUUAAAUGGACCAACAGAUGUGAUCGUUCAUAAUGACAAUGUCAUUGUUAGUGAUUCGAAAAAUGAACAAAUCGUUCGAUGGUCUCGUCAAAAUAGUAAAAGCGGAGAGACGAUACUAUCGGAAUUAGCAUGUCAACGUCUAACGAUGGAUUGUCAAGGAUUUAUCUAUGUGUCUAACAGCGAGCUACAUGAAGUUCGACGAUAUCGUGCAGGUGAUACAAUUGGAACGAUCGUAGCCGGUGGCAAUGGACCGGGAAACGAUCUCGAUCAGCUCAGCUGGCCAACAUUUGUUUUCGUCGAUGAAGAUCAAUCUGUAUACGUAUCCGAUAAUGGAAAUCAUCGUGUCAUGAUGUGGGAAAAGAAUGCCAAAGAAGGAGUUCUUGUUGCUGGUGGUCGAGGUCAAGGUGAUAAACUGACCCUACUAUCGCAUCCUGAUGGAUUAAUAGUUGAUGCAUUAGGAACAAUCUACUUGGCUGAUAAUGCUAAUCAUCGUGUGAUGCGCUUCUACAAAGGAAUGGCACAAGGAACUAUUAUUGCUGGCGGAUAUGGUGAAGGAAAUGACGCGAAUCAAUUACAGAAUCCUCAAGGUUUAGCAUUCGAUGUAGAUGGAAAUCUUUACGUAGCCGAUUGGGGAAAUCAUCGAAUACAAAGAUUCAAUAUCGACCAAAGCGAUGAGUCGUCAGGAAACAUCAAUCAUACACUUUGUCUUUCUUUGUUGAAUUAA